CACUGACUCUGGCCUUCCUUGAGCCCUGACCUCUUGGCUCAGGGCCACUAGAACCGGCUAGUCCUGACUGGUUGAGGACUUUGCUGAGCCCUGGGAGGCAGGUUAGAUGACCGAGGAUGGAGGAGGAAGGUUCUCUGCUGAAGAACCUGUCUGCUGGCUUGGGAAGGGAGGAUGGUCUCUACCCCACCUGGGUGGUGAUCACGCUGGCUGUCAUCCUCAUCGUCACCAUCGCUGUGGACAUCCUGGGCAACCUUCUGGUGAUCAUCUCGGUCUUCAAGAACAAGAACCUGAGAAAAGCAGGCAAUGCCUUUGUGGUGAGCUUGGCCAUUGCAGACUUACUAGUGGCUUUUUACCCUUAUCCCCUGGUCCUGAUGGCUAUUGUCCAGGAUGGCUGGGUGAUGGGGUACCUCCACUGCCAGGCCAGCGGCUUUCUGAUGGGCAUCAGCGUUAUUGGCUCCAUCUUCAACAUCACUGGCAUUGCCAUUAACCGCUACUGCUACAUCUGCCACAGCCUGAAGUACGACAUGCUUUUCUCGGGCACCAACACCGUGUGCUACGUGGGGCUGGUUUGGGCACUCACCUUGCUGGCCAUCAUGCCAAACUUCUUCGUGGAGUCCCUGCAGUAUGACCCGCGAGUGUACUCCUGCACUUUUGCCCAGUCCGUCAGCGCCCUGUACACCAUCUCCGUGGUGGUCAUCCAUUUCUUCCUACCCAUCACCAUUGUCAGCUACUGCUACCUGCGGAUCUGGCUGCUGGUCAUCCAGGUGCGGCGCAGGGUGAAGCCGGACACGCAGCCCAAAAUCAAGUCCCAUGAUUUUUGGAACUUCCUGACCAUGUUCAUGGUCUUUGUGCUCUUUGCUGUGUGCUGGGCACCGUUAAACUUCAUCGGCUUCGUGGUGGCGGUCAAGCCCACACUGGGUUCCUUGAUACCCGAGUGGCUCUUCACGGCCAGCUACUUCAUGGCCUACUUCAACAGCUGUCUGAACGCUGUGGUUUAUGGGGUGAUGAACCAGAACUUUAGGAAAGAGUACAAGAGAAUCAUACUGACUGCGUUGCAACUAGCUUACAGGACUGAUGGAGAUUAACACCCAUGCGCUGAGCCAGAAGUGAGGAGGUUUUACCAUAUUCAUACUGAUCCUCUGCUCCACUUUUAAGUGAAGUGCAAAGAGUGCAGCCAAAACAGCAAGAAGUCAGCAGAGGACACAGCUCCAUAUAAGUUGUCUGCAACAAGAACAAUGCAGCCCACCCUGUUCUGCAACAUAGGAUCCUCUUUGGAAUGCAAUGAGGUUUGAAAACAGCCCCUCCUUGCUUACUUGCCCUGGCAUAGUCUCCCCAGCCUCAGUCGAAUAGGUAUGCUGGAAACAGCUAGAGCCAAGUGAUUCCUAGUAAAUUUAUUCAGUGAACUAUCCACAAACAUUUCACCAUUUUCUCUAACUUCUCCAUUAUUCGCCAACUAAUUCUGUGUAUCUCAAGAAUGUUUGUGAACAGCUAGCUGAGUGUUGGACACCCAAAAUUCAACUGGUUUCAUUUGGACCCAUAGAAGAGUUAUUGUUCCACGAUUGGAUGAGCGUAAAUCCCAACACUGAAAUUUUCUGUGUGAACACUCACCUCUAUGACUUGGGAUAUGUCUUUCCUAAGUAUUCUCCAGUAUUCACUGACUAUUUGCUGUUCUUGCUAAUACCCCUGCCAGCAAACUUGCACUGGCCACAAGGUUACCCCAGAGUGAAAGCAGAAAGGGGUGCAAACUCAGCCAAAGGGAAUUCAAUAUUUUUGUUGAAUGGUGGGAUUUUCCAGAAGCUCCCAAAGGAGACAGGUGCUUCUGAAAGCCCCACCUUACGUGAAUAUACACAAAAAUGGUAGCGUUUGGUAAGUCAUGCGAUUCCCUUGAAUGAGCUGAGGUGGUGAACUCUUUCCCUUCUCUUUUUGGAGCCAAGGGUGAACCCUUCAGGAAGGAAAACCCAUCACCAGAAAACUGAAUCCACUUCAGAACAAGACAAUCAGUGCAACUUGACUGCUCCUCUGAUGAAAAACCAUCACAAUGGGAAAAGGAAACCACCACAAUGAGGCUAAAUCUAAGUCAGAAGAUAAUCCACAAUGACGACAAGUCCUUUGCAAAUGCCAGCGGCUCAAAGAGAGCAUAUUACCUUUAAAUGAGACCAGACCUGGAGGCACUUGACAAGAUAUUUAGAGCACAAGUGUGAAUACUAUUUCCCAUGCUGAGAGGAGCUUAGGGAAGCCAAUUUUUCUCUUGUUUGGUGUUUAAUUCAAGAGAUAUUUUGGACUAGAGGAAACGGAAUUCGGCCCAGAUCCUUAAGAUAUUUAGGAUUCUAACUUCCAUUGAUUUCAGUGGAGGAUCUGGGCCUUGGUCCCCAGUGGCCCCAAAUGGCAACAGUUCACUGGGCUUGAAUUUAACAGAUUGUGGGACUGAGGAGAAGGGAAUAAGGAAGACAGAGUCAAGAUGGUUAGGUUUUCAACAAGUCUGACCAGCAGUAAGGAAAUUAUCCACUUAUCUUAUUUGCAUAUGUAACAAGUUCCAGCUUGCAAUGGGGUGUGGCACCACAGAACAAAUUUUGCAUGCGAUUUUCCUUUGAUCCCUGGAGAUCUUCUGCUCUGGUUACCCCGGCAUGUAAAGCAUAAAUCUGCUUUUGGGCACGGCCAUCAAGGAAGACAUGAAAAUACGUUUUAAAUCAGCGAUACUCAGACUGAGACUCAUGAGCCGCAAGUGGCUCUUUAAUGGGUUUCCUGAGGCUCUUUGCAGUACAUGCUAUUAAAGCAUUGUGUGAUUUAAUUAUUAACCAAUCAGGAGGCUUCUACUAUGUUAUUAACCAAUUGUAGUUUAU